CGGGACAGAGACCCGCGCCCGCCAUGGGAUGCUGCAGCUCGGCCUCACACAGCUCCAAACGAGAGUGGAAGCCUCUGGAGGAUCGCAGCUGCACAGAUAUACCAUGGCUGUUGCUAUUCAUCCUCUUUUGUGUUGGAAUGGGUUUUAUUUGUGGCUUUUCAAUAGCUACUGGAGCAGCUGCGAGAUUGGUUUCAGGAUAUGACAGUUACGGAAAUAUCUGUGGACAGAAGAAUGUAAAGGUGGAUGGAAUAGUCAAUAGUGGUUUAGACCUCACACAAAAGAAGUAUGUGUUCUUUUUGGAUCCAUGCAACGUAGACCUGGUACAUCGGAAGAUCAAAUCCAUUGCCCUGUGUGUAGCAGCUUGCCCAAGGAAAGAGCUAAAAACUUUGGCUGAUGUUCAGAAAUUUGCAGAAUCUAAUGGAUCAAAUUUAUGUAGCUAUGAACUACCGUCAUCUGAGUACACUACAAAUUCACAGGCGGCCUCUAAGCUUUGUCCUAAGCUCCCGGUUCCAGAGAGUGCACCUAUUCCAUUCUUCCAUCGCUGUGCUCCUGUGAACAUUUCCUGCUAUGCCAAGUUUGCAGAGGCCCUGAUCACCUUUGUCAGUGACAGUAGUGUCUUACACAGGCUGAUUAGUGGAGUUAUGACCAGCAAAGAGAUUAUAAUGGGACUUUGCUUGUUAUCACUAGUGCUGUCCAUGAUUUUGAUGGUGAUAAUCAGGUACAUUUCAAGAGUACUGGUUUGGAUCUUAACAAUUCUUGUCGUUUUGGGAUCACUUGGAGGCACAGGAGUACUGUGGUGGCUGUAUGCUAAGCAAACAAAGUUUGUCAAUGAAACUCUUACUGCUGAUCAGCUUCAAGUAGCCAAAGACAAUCUUCAGGCCCUCUUGGUCUAUGCCAUUUCAGCUACUGUCUUCACGGUUAUCUUGUUCUUGAUAAUGUUAAUUAUGCGCAAGCGAGUAGCUCUCACCAUUGCCUUGUUCCACGUGGCUGGCAAAGUUUUCAUUCACCUGCCACUGCUAGUCUUCCAGCCCUUUUGGACUUUCUUUGCCCUCAUCCUGUUUUGGAGCUACUGGAUCAUGGUCCUGCUUUUCCUUGGCACUACAGGUAGCCCUGUCCUAAACGAACAAGGGGUUGUGGAAUUCCAGGUUUUGGGCCCUCUACGAUACAUGUGGUGGUACCAUAUGGUAGGGCUGAUCUGGAUCAGUGAAUUUAUUCUAGCAUGUCAACAGAUGACUGUAGCUGGGGCUGUUGUGACAUACUAUUUCACAAGGGAGAAAAGGAAUCUGCCAUUUACUCCUAUUCUGGCAUCAGUAAAUCGUCUUGUCUGUUACCACCUAGGAACAGUGGCGAAAGGUUCUUUCAUUAUCACAUUAGUGAAGAUUCCACGAAUGAUCCUUAUGUAUAUUCAUUCCCAACUCAAAGGAAAAGAAAAUGCCUGCGCUCGAUGUAUGCUGAAAGCUUGCAUCUGCUGCCUUUGGUGUCUAGAAAAGUGCCUGACUUACUUAAAUCAGAAUGCAUAUACAGCCACAGCUAUCAACAGCACCAACUUCUGCACCUCAGCAAAGGAUGCCUUCGUCAUUCUAGUGGAGAAUGCUCUGCGAGUGGCUGCCAUAAACACAGUGGGAGACUUCAUGCUGUUCCUGGGAAAGGUACUGAUCGUUUGCAGCACGGGCUUGGCGGGGGUUAUGUUGCUGAACUACCAGAGGGAUUACACAGUGUGGGUGUUGCCUCUCAUCAUCGUCUGCCUCUUUGCUUUCCUGGUUGCUCACUGCUUCCUGUCAAUUUAUGAAAUGGUCGUGGAUGUCCUCUUCUUAUGUUUUGCCAUUGAUACAAAAUACAACGAUGGAAGUCCUGGUAGAGAAUUCUACAUGGAUAAAAUUCUCAUGGAAUUUGUGGAGAACAGUAGAAAAUCAAUGAAAGAAGCUGGCAAGGGAGGUGGAGCUGAAGGCAGAGAGCUAAAACCAAUGGCCUCUGGAGCAAGUUCAUCUUGAAACUAGCCAGCCAUUAUGGAACCCAUUGACAUUCCAAAACACUAUAUAUAAAU